AUGUGGGCGAGCCAUCCAAAGACGCCUGUCUUUGGCAAGCCUGUCGAGCCGUACUAUCUGACGUCAACCGAUGACGGCGCGAGCUGGACCAUCGAGAACGGCGGUGCGCCUGUGAUCGAAGUCGGUGGUACGGGCUCGUAUGACGAGGCUGCUGCGGAGACGCCCAGCGUGGCGUACUUCUCCGGCGAUGGCAAGUACCACAUGUAUUACACUGCUCAAGAGGAUGCACUCGACGUGACGACGUGGUCCAUCGGCCACGCUGUGAGCGCGUCGCCGGCAGGGCCGUGGAUCAAGGAUGCCUCACCAGUCAUCACUCGCAACUCGGCUGGCAUUGGUUCGUUUGUGGUGGCAGAGCCCGGGGUGGUCGAGUCCAACGGCGAGCUGCUUGUCUUCUUCACUUCGGUCGUGGGAUUCCCGUCGCCAGCGCCGAUGAACACCCAGUACGACAUCGCCUUGGCGACCUCGACCAACGGCACGCACUUUACAGGGCACAAGGUUGUCCUGAACCAGGACGCAACCAUCUGGACCCGCGGCGACGGCUACAUUGGGUUUUCCACCCCGGCGCCGGCCAUCAUCAACGGCCUCGUGUAUCUCUUCCACGACGUGUACAAGGCCGGCCAAGUCGCCGGCUGCUCGUCGCAGGAGACGACACAGGCCGCAGUCAGCUAUGCUCACGCCGCAUCGCCCGCAGCCACCUUUACGCCCGCAGCCGCGCCCAUCUAUCGCCGGUCCGACUUUCUCUGGUCCGCAUGCGAGCUUCGCGCCGGCAACGCCAUCAUCAACGGUGACAAGAUAGUUCUCUUCAUCGCAGGGCAGAACGUCUCGUCCGACUUCAACACCAUCGAGUAUGGUGUAGCCAUGGCUGAGGCCCCGCUCCCGCCGCCGCCAUCGCCGCCGCCCUCCAAUUCCGACAGCGGCAGCCUCGCCAAGGUUGCCCCUGUUGCCGGUGCUGCCAUCGCCGGUAUCGCCAUCAUCGCCGUUGUCGCCCUUGUCAUUAUCCGCCGCCGCCGCGGUUCGCCUUCGAGCACUACGCCCGAUUCGUCUGUCCCGCUCGCGUAG